AUGCUGUCUUCUCCUAACAUGAGCAUCAAUACCCGUCAAUCCCGGAGAAUAAAGAGGUGUCGGAACUACUAUGAGAUUCUGGGGGUGGAGAGGGACGCCAGCGAGGAGGACCUGAAGAAAGCCUACCGCAAACUGGCCCUGAAAUUUCACCCUGACAAGAACCGCGCUCCCGGAGCAACGGAAGCCUUUAAAGCAAUAGGCAAUGCUUUCGCAGUUCUGAGCAACCCUGAAAAACGAUUACGAUAUGAUGAAUUCGGAAGUGACCAAGAGCAUGUCAGCACUGGCCAGGCCAGGCACUAUAAUUACUACACAGAAUUUGAAGCAGACAUUACACCAGAAGAAAUAUUCAAUGUGUUUUUUGGUGGGCACUUUCCUACAGGAAAUAUCCAUAUGUUCUCAAAUGUAGCCAGAGAUGCGCACUAUUAUCCACGGAGGCACCGAAAUGAAAGAGCAUGGACGCAGGAGCAAGAGGAGGAAGAAAACAGGCCACAGAAUUCAUAUUCUGCAUUUAUUCAGUUGAUGCCAGUUUUCAUAAUAAUAAUAGUGUCAGUUAUAACUCAGCUGAUGGCCACAAACCCACCCUACAGCCUAUUCUACAAAUCGUCCAUUGGCCAUGUUAUUGGUAGAGAAACAGAGAACUUGCAGGUGCCUUACUAUGUUGAUAAAAACUUUGAGAAGAAUUAUCAAGGAGCAGAACUUCAAGAGCUAGAGAAAACCGUUGAAAAAGAUUACAUAGACUAUAUUCAGACCAGCUGCUGGAAGGAGAAACAACAAAAGUCCGAUUUGUCGAAUUUGGCCAAGCUAUACAGAGAUGAGCGGUUAAAACAGAAAGCAGAAUCACUGAAACUUGAGCACUGUGAGAAGCUCUCCAGUCUGAUUGGAAUGCACAAAGGGGGCUGACCAGGACACACACGUUCUGUAGUUUUAUUUAUUGCCGUUUGAACUUAUGUUUUUAUUUUCCUUUGUAUAAAAAGGGAAGGAGUCUAUUGUAAAGAGUCUGAACAUUCAAUUCCUUCUGCAUAUAGCGCAGAGGUGGGCCGACACAAGCUGUAGAGCUAGUGUUUGCUGUAAUGUACUGUACACUGUAUUUGGUUCCAAGGACCAGUGGCACUUUGUAAAUUAAUUCCCUGGGAGACGCUGUUAGUUUGGAACCUGUCUUCGCUGGUCGUUUGUCUGCCAUCCAAACAGUAUAUGCUUCCCGGGAGAGCAGACAAAUGUCUUCGCUUUCUGUAUUUGAUAUGGACCUGCAAUUCACUCCAUCAUACGAACAGCGUAGUUCUCAGUAUUAAGCGCGCUAGCCCUCUCAUACUGAUGCCGAGCGGAUGUCCUUGCUUCUGCAGUGGUUUGUAAUGAGACUUUAGAUGGAAGGCGGCGUGUUUCCCGUUCGAGUGUAAUAUGCAGUGCUUAAUUCAGAAGAGCCAAGCACCUGCUUCAGGUGAGCGCUUGAGCAGGCUCCCAGCUCUCCCUGCUGUCAAGGGGACGUAGCCCUGUGCUUGUCGGACUGGAGGGCCGUGCCUGUUCUGUUCCUCGGUGAGACGACGCGCUGAGGUGCCAGCAGCGACAUCGAACAAGAAGAUGAGAGUCUGUGAAUUGCACCAAUUCCAGUGUCUGCCAAACUGUAGAGAAAGGACAACUGUAUUUAUUUUCUCAUACGUUUUCAGUGGCAUAUUUUUAAGCUGGCUGUUUAAGUCUGACUUUUAUCUGCAAACUCAUCUCCAGCUGUUACAGGGGUCCUGCUUUUUCUGGUACAGUUUUGAUGUAGCAUAUUUUUACUCUGUUGGGCAGUUAUGAAUGUUUCACUGUAGAGAUUAGUAUUGCAAAGAAAAAGAUCCACGU